GUCGUGCAUGUGUCGAUCAUUGUAUUGUAUUGUUUGUUUGUAACACAGACAUGAAAAAUAAAAAUAAAAACUUGAUAAAUCCAUCACAAAAAUUCCAAUAUUUGUGUGCGCAUAUAUACAUACAUAAAUAAAUAUCAUCUCUCCAAAUGUAUUCGGUGUUGACUGUCCAGUUGACAAUACGCCUCGAUCCAGUAUAAUCAGUUUAAAUGUGAUAACAGAACAAAUAGCACACACAAAUGUUAGUUUUGUUUUUGGUCAAGCACAGCUAAACGGAAUUUCAGAAGUUUGCAGUAUUAUUUCUUUGUCUUUAUCCGUUUUGUAUCCUGUCUCUUGUCUCGGAAAUAACAACAAAAACAAACCUCGACUAUUUGCUUAUAUUUUUUUUUACUCGUUCGAUCAAAAUGUAAUGCAGUGAAGUGAACAACAAGUGAACAAAGCAAAUAUCUCCGAAUGGAAAAAAAUCCAUUGAAUCAUCGCAAUAUAUUCUUUAAGUAAAUACUAACGAAGAAAAGAAACAACAAAAAAAAGCUGCUGUAGAGACGAUCCAUGUUUCUGGUUGGAUUUCACUGGAAUUAUCAACGAGUUUUGUGUGUUGAGUGUUUGUUCAAAGUUUCCAGUUGCACCUUUUUACUUGAUGAGGACAUUGAUUUCUCUGUGAAUUGACAAUGAAACGCAUCAUUAUAGUUUGUUUUCUGGUAUCAUUGAUUGGCACUCGUUCAGUGUAUGGCGGCCUCUUCGACUUUUUAACCAAAGAUAAUGGCAAAGAGAACGGUGGUGCCGAUAAAAAAGUCACCUUUACCGAACAGGAAUUAUCGCAGGCUAUUGAUUUGGCGGAGUUUUCGUACAAUCAAUUGAAAACAAUGGAAGAAAGUAUAUCGAAUUCACGGAUUCAAUUAUCGAAUACAUCAUCGUCAUAUGCACAGUACUUGGAAAGUUUACCAAACAACUACACCAUGGAGUACGAUAAAAUUGCACAAAUCGUUCUCAAAGCCAGUAAAUACUUACUGAACAACAAUUGCAAAAAGGCUGGCUUAGAUGAUAACAAAUGUGUUGAAGCAAUUUCAACGUAUACACUACCAAAGUGCGAUUUACUAGAUAAAUGUGAGCAAUUGAACGAGACCAAGAGCAGCAUUAAUUCAUAUCGUCGACUUUUACCAGCACAUUACGCCGAUGGCUUGUCAAAAAUGUUUGAUUUGCCGUCACCAAAAAAUAUUAGCAAUUCAUUUUUUGAACUAACGCGACCAGACAUGAGUUUAAUUAACGAGGAAGCGGCCACUUAUGAAGGUGUUGUAGACGAGGAACGGAAUGUAGCAUUGGUUCAAUGGUCACAGUUCAUUGAACAUGAUCUUGUUCGCACUGUUUUUCAAAUAAUGAGUAAUGGCAAUCCCAUUGAAUGUUGUGCUGAAGAUGCAACCAACGCACCGCCACGAUAUCGACAUCCAGCCUGUGCUCCUCUCAUGAUCGAUGUGAACGGUGAAGACUACAAUCGAUUGCCAUCAUGUUUGAAUUACGUGCGCAGUGCGCUCAAUGUGAACGCAAAUUGCUCAUUCGGGCCAGCACAACAGAUCAAUCAAGCAUCAAAUUACUUGGACUUGUCGCAAUUGUAUGGCAAUACCGAUGAGAUUACUGAUACUCUUCGUUCGUUUAACAAUGGCGAAUUGAAAAUCUCCAAUGACCCAUUGAGUCCAACGCUGCCCGAAAUUGAAGACAUCGAAAGCAAUCACUUGUGCAUGCAUAACACGACCAUCGACACGGUGUGCUAUCGAGCCGGUGAUUCGCGUGUGAAUGUCAAUCCGUAUGUGACCACACUCUAUACGCUCUUCCUGCGUUCGCACAAUCGCAUUGCAAAACAGUUGAAAAAAGAGCAUCCAACAUGGAACGAUGCUGAACUAUUUGCAUAUGCAAAACGCAUUAAUGUCGGCAUUUAUCAACAAAUUGUGUAUGGAGAAUGGUUGAACAUUGUGCUUGGUCUGAAUGAAGCAGCGGCGAUCAACAGGAACACAACGGCGUGCAAUCUCGAUGGAAAAGUUAGCAACGAAUUUGCCACGGCUGGCAUUCGAUUUUAUUAUUCGAUGAUGCCGGGCGAUCUGAAAACAACCAAAGAUGUUAGCUAUUUUAUUCGACAAAAUAAUAUCAUCAUUCGACCGAUGACCGAAGAAAAUAUUCUGAAGCUCAAAGAUGAGUACUAUAAACCUAGGGAUUUAGCGGAAGAUGAAGAGUUGGAGAAUAUUAUUGAUGCCAUUGUGAAACAGAAGGCAAUGGCUAUGGACACCGGUUAUGUUGCUGAUGUCGCUAAGCAUUAUUAUCGAUUCCAAAAUUCGGAGCAAAAAGACGUCGGAACUGAUGUUUUAGCCUUGGAUAUUCUGCGCGGUCGAGAUCAUGGUUUGCACACCUAUAAAAAUUACCUGGAAUUGUGCACAAAAACUCCCAUUCAAGGCUGGUCGGAUUUCCGAUCUAACAUCAACCACGAGGAUUUGGAACGGCUAAAGCAAAUUUACGCAAGUUACGAUCAGGUUGAUUUAAUUAUAGGAGCGAUUGCAGAACGACCCAAACCAGGAGCAACAGUCGGAGAAACAUUCUCAUGUAUUAUUGGCGAACAAUUGUCAAAUACACGUUGCAGCGAUAAAGAUUUCUAUACUGUGUCCAACGAUCCAAUAUUUAAACAAUUUGUGGACAAUUAUUCAGGUGCCAAGCUGAUUUGUGAUACGACACGUCUAACAAGCGUGCCACGAAAUAUUUUCCAUGUGCCAUCAGAGAAGAACCCAAUGAUUUACUGCAAAGACAUCUAAGCCAGUUUAAAACUAAAAUCCAGCAUUUUCAAUUUGUACUUGCGCCAAACUCAAGGAUACUAAUAUUAUUUUCAACACAUGACAAUAACACGUAUAAAGUCAAUUUUUACCAUGGUUUUUUUAGUCUCGCAAACAUAUAUGUAUGCAUAUCUAUAAUAAAAAGAAAAUUUCAACACACGAAAUGGAA